GUUGAGGCGGAGAAGCGCGCCAAGGGCAAGAAGGGCAAGAAGAAGAAGAAGGGCGGAGGGGCGGGCGCGGCUGGGCCGUCGCAGGAGACGGCGGAGUUUAGGAAGGAGGGUGCCGAGGCGCCGUUGGAGGCAGCCGAGGCUGCGAAGAAGGCCGAGGAGGAGAGAAUGAUGAGGCUUCUCGAGAAGUGUCACGAGGAGAGGAUCCGGUUCGGCAUCACGGCGGAGAGCCAGGCGGCGGCGUCGGCAGCGGUGGCCGAGGCGGUGCGCUUGGACGCUGAGGCGGACGAGGCGGAGGAGGAGGCGGAGGCGGACAAGGAGGCGCUGGCGGCUGCCGAGGCAGCGCUGGAUGAGGCGAGGGCCGCAAGAGACGCGAGGCGUGCCGCUGCGGCCGCUUCGAUGGCCAGGGCGGUUGCAGCCAGGAUGGCGGCGGAUGCGGCCCAGGAGCGCUCCUAG